CUGAAUGUUAAAUGGGGGCAUCCAACCAGUCUAAUCAGGAGGUACAGGGUUCAAUACAGUCAUCACUGGGGGCUACACCACGGCAGUAUGUCCUGUUGAAAAUAGGCAGAAAGUAGGUUAAUCAAAAUCAAUUCUAUCAAUUAAGCAAACAUGAGCAAACUGUGUUAGCUAACGUAUGCCUACCAAUCCAGAUAACAUUAGUAGGUCUGCGAUAAAUUAUAUGGUUUAAGAGAAGUAUCCUAUCGACAAUAGGUCUCUCUGGUACGAAACAACAGCUCAGUUACUGCCAGUUUGCCCGCUAAACUAGUACUUUGAUGAAAAGGUGAGCGUACGCACAAACCCCCUGUGGCUGAAGGCCCGCACAAGUGCAGCGGAGCUAACAGCUAACUUGGCUAUCAAGCAAACCGGGCAGCUGGUUCGCUGCUAGCGAGAUAGCAUUAGCUGGUCAACAGCAGAGGGAAAAGCCGGCUGGAAAGUCACAACUAUCUUUCGACCCCUUUGUGGGACUGUAAAGGGGGGGAAAUAGACAACCCGCGUCAAAAUAGCCAAGAAACUAUUCUACUGGUCAUUAUUACUGUAGAGUUAAACAACAAGCUUCGACAAAGAUAUUACCUAAAGCUAGGAAGUGCUACGCUAACAUGCUAGGGGAGUGAAUAGCCUGCUGGCUGGCGAGGAAACUGACUGCCAACGCCUUGAAAAAGCCUCCUAGAAACACUGUGAUCGAACAGUAGAAAGCCAUCACGGGUGUUUCUUGUUCCCAGCUUUUUCUCACAUAUGAAACACUCAACGGUAGUUCCAAACCCACGACGAUUUGUGGUUAAAUAACACGAUUACCUCUCAGCGAUGUUGGGACGUCAAUAUGGCGAUGCCGUGGAUCAAGAGCUUAACGUUAGUGCGAAUAGCCUUUCCCGCAGAGGGCGCUCUCCUUUUUCUUGUUCAUGGGGGAGAUUGUAGCUCCCUCUGCCACCAACAGGUCUGACUGAAGUUAAUAACUUUAAAGUGUAACUUAAAGUCACACAUGUCAUGUUUUUUUUAGUUAUUUAAAAAAAGAGCAUGCAUGUUUGACUACCACAGGGCCUGGUAUAAUAUUGUUGAGGGCAGAUAUUGAGUGGGAAUACAUAGCCCCCCCCCCCCCGCCUUUUUUUGUACAUAGUAGCCUACAGAAGGCACACACGAGAUUGCAAUUAAAAUAAUUUCCAAACUCACUGGGCUCACCUGAUUACUGCAUUCCUGCGGUCUCCAUUUCAGGUUAUUUCUACAAAGAGACAUUUCUAGAGACUACUGCUUAGUAGGGCCUGUUUUAAAAAGGUCUUUGUUCAGGUAAAAUAUAGGGUUCACUUGGUAAAUGGACAAUAGUGAAGUAGUGACAGAAACAAUGCAUGUUUUGUGGCAUCAUUUUAAAGGCUGCUCCAGUCUGGAGCAUUUUCCUGAAGUAACAGAUUACCUGUAAUCAAUGCAUAAUAGAGAUAAAGACUAAUUCUUUCUGGGAGUUGGAAUGUGGAGAAGAUUUCUUUUCAUCUUGAAUUGAUAUAAUGAAUAGGCCCUUGUAAACAUAUCCUGAAGCCUAAUUGUUGCUCUGCAAGUUAAGCACUGUUAAACACAUAGAAGUAGUCUUUGCAACUCAAUCUGAUACAUCUGGUCAGAAUAAUUAGCUAGGGAAAGGCCUAUGAAAGGUGAAAAAUCUGGAUAUAAAGCAGCAGUAGAUAAAAGCCCACAGCACCCUUGCUGACAAACAGUGGAGACAGCUGGGGACCAAAGUCAACAAUGAAGCUCUUUGUGUCUAUUAUACUUCUGCCAUUUGCAAGUAUGGUUGUAACAACCCCUGUCAGAGCCCAAAGACAAAAUGUAUUAAGUCUCCUAAAUGAUGCACUUGCACCAAUGACCGAAAAGACCAUACCUGCAAUCAUAACAGAUGCAUUAAAAGACAGCCAUGAGAUCGUGAUUCCUAACGCUGUGGAGAAAGAUAAGGCACCAUCAAGGAGGAACACAGGAGUAGACCAAGACAAUAUGAGGCCGAUGGAUAUGAGCAGCAGGCUGGUUUGGGACCAGGGGAGCAGAGAGCACAGUGGGCCACACAGGCCACACCAAGCAAGCAGAGAGCGGACUGAUCUUAACAGUGAGGAAGGAAUGAUGGUGUAUGCUCAGGAGGCUGAAAAUUUGCCAGGAAAGCAAGUUAUCCAUUUAAAUGAAGACCAAGUGACUGACAGUGACAGUCUAGAAACUAUUGUCCAAAGAAAGGCAACACCAGGAAGAGCUAAUGGAUUAAAUGGUAUGUUGGCCCCAGGCCCAAGCAAAGAACUGCUGGAUUGGGAUAGUUUGGAAGAAAACAGACCUGCUCCAGUGGGCAACAGAGGAGAUACAUACUAUGAUGAAACCAGAGAAUUUAUCAGCUCAGAAACUUCUCCAAUUGCACCUCCAGAGCACAUGCCCCGUAGCUUGUCAGUUCCAGCCAAGAGCCGAGCCUCCUGACGAUCAUACGAAGGUCUGUUUCCUCAGCAUUUGAAUCAGACAAAAGUUUUGUCAAAUGCUUAUGUCUCUGUUCACCCAGCCUGGCUUUGGAAACAACUCCACGACAUGCUGUUAUAUACAUGUUUACCACAUAAUGCACAUUUAAAUGCGUUACAUUUUAUUUUUAUCUAAUUAGAAGAUGAAAUGGUUUCCUAGAUCUUGCUUUGUUGUUCAUCUGGCAUGAAUGUAAUGUUGAAAACCAGUUGUUUUUUCCUCUCUUUCUUUAAGAUUCUAUUACUUCCUCAUAAUGAGUCAGGGUCCGCUAUCUGUUGAGUCAUAGGAGGCAGACAUGCUGCAUCCAAAUACAGUUGCUUCUGGGACUUUUUCAUCCAAUUUUAGAUUUUUACAUGUAUUGUUUUGGUAUGUGAUCAUGUGAACAAAUUUAAGAAAUAAAGAGGUUUUGUGUUAGGCUUACUCAUGGUAACUGGUUAUGGAGUAAGCUGCUACAGUGUGAAAUUUAGUACGAAGAUUGUGGUGUAAAAAUGUUAGAAAAUGAAAUCGGAAAUGAGCACAACAACAAUUUUUGAUGAUUUUGAACAUAAUCUAUCUGAGCUGGAAAUGCAUUGCUUUUAUCUCAAUAUACAAAGUCUUUGUAUGUUUUCAUUGUAAUGUGAAUUUGUGUAAGUCAUUUCCUGAAAGAAAAUGUUAAAAAAUGCAUCUUUUUCAUUUCCUUUGUUUUAUUCUGUAGUUUAUUUAAUUUAUAAUUAGUUAUGUACAAAUACAUAUUUUAAGACAUCUUAAGAUUUACAAAAAACACGGAUGUGAUACAGCAAACAUCUCAUUUAGCACAACACAGUACUCCAUUUAAAAAACAUAAAUCAAUUACAUGCAAAAUACACAUAUCAGCUGUUUGUUAUUACCUAUAAUGCUGCAGGAGUAUACGUGGCAAAACAGGAUGUGUGUAGAAGAGUGUGGUGUACUUGUGUAGAGAAAAUAAUUACAGACAAGCCAUUGUUGGGAUUUUUAUAGUUCCUUUGUUUCAUUUCCUAAAGUGCCGAAGCUCACUGUACACAUCUGACUGGACUCCAUGUAACUCCUACAAAAAGUCAAAGCAAUUCAUCACGGAAAGUCCAAUAUGUACGGUAAAUUUGAUUAAACGAUUAUCAUAU